GAGAGGGGGAGAGGGGGAGGGAGGGGUGGAAAGUUGCAGUGAGGGAAAGUUUGAAAAGAAGUAGCCAGAUUAAAGUGGGAAAAGAGUUGUCUUGGUGAGGGAAAGAGGUCCUGACAGUGACCAAAAUAUGAAUUUUUGAAAAGAGUCCCUUUCGUUUUGCCGGAUUCUAUCUGCUGGGUUUUAAGGGACAAGAGAAAGGGAAAAGCAGGAAGGGCCCUCUGGGCGAGUAAACCCCACUUUUGCACCGAUGUCUUUCGCCAUGCUGAGAUCGGUGCCCAGCCGCUGCCUGUACCCGGAGAUCAGCAUGCUGUCAGAAGGAGAUGAGGAACUCGACAGCGAGAGCUCAGGUUCAGAGACAUCUUUCAGCCUGGGACCUUACAGUGGUGCAGGAGGAAAGAGGAAGAGGAAGGCCAGGGUGCCAGGAGUCAUUAGACAAAGACAAGCUGCAAAUGCCAGGGAGAGAGACAGGACCAACAGCGUUAACAUGGCGUUCACGGCCCUCAGGACCCUCAUCCCCACCGAACCCGCUGACAGGAAACUCUCCAAAAUAGAGACGCUGCGACUGGCUUCAAGUUACAUCUCCCACCUGGGGAACGUGCUGCUGCUGGGAGAAGCUGGGGAUGGCCAACCCUGUCACACCAGCACGUCCAGCUACUACCCUGGCAGUAGGGUCACUGAGACCGAGAGCAGCCAGCCCAAACAGAUCUGCACGUUCUGCCUGAGCAACCAAAGGAGAAUGAACAAAGAACGAGACAGAAAGAGCACCAUUCGAAAUUAACAGAGGAACUUGCAACGUGGCCCACAUCGUCGCAAGCUCACUGCAGACUCAGAGUGGAAGGGCAAUCAAUUGUGCACCCAUGCUAGGAAGAAAAUUGAAGGAGUAUUUGAGGACAAUUCUAAAAACCUGCAGCAUAUUGGAAGUUGAACAUAACCUUGACACUUGGGCCAUGCUCAAUACUUGUCUUACAUUUAAAACUGGAGAGCUUGGGAGGCGCUGCAAAGGACGAGAGGCCCCGACCUGUCCCUUCACCAAUGUGCCAGAACAGUGAUCUGAUCACACUGUCGAGCUGCUGCUGAAGAGAGAGGAAAACUCAACCAAAAAAUUGACAAAACUACAAAAGUGGCUUUUGCAUCGAACUGGAGUACUCACUACACAAUUAACUUCACUAUCAUACGCUGGUUUGUAAUGUAAUAAAUGUAAUAUAAAACAAAAAUUUUGUAAAUAAAACAAAAAAUUCAACCUGUCACAGCUGGUUUCCUGUCAUGGGUUAUCGUGGUAACGGCAACACCCCAGUGACCCUGCAGUUCGAAGUUCAGCAUCAAGUAAUUA